AUGGCAUUUAACCAAGAUAUUGAAUGGGAAUAUAUACCUGUAGAAACAGCUGAUGAAAUUAUGUUAUGUGGAGAUGUGGUAGAGAGUAAACGUCUAAAGAAUUGGAACAAAUGGCUUAAAAUAAGAAAACAACAACAUAAACACCUUGGUUUAAUGGUGUGCCGUAGUUCUACAUCAUUGUUAAUGAAUGACUCUGAUAAAUUCAGAUCAAAAGUUGAAUGUAAAUGGUUAGUUGAUAUAGCACUCAAAUUAAAAGCCAAUAAGAAAUAUCAUACAGAUUUUUCUGAUUCUGUUGAUAGAGAAAUAAAAAAAUUUACUAGUGUAUAUAUACCAGAUGUAAUACAUUCUGAAAAAGGAUUAUCGGGCAUUUGGAAAGAUGCUCGCUUUGAUUUGCAAACACCUAAUAAAGAGUUGAUUUACAAUGAAUUAAAUACUUUGAAAAGUUUAAUACCUUUUAAAAGUCCUGAAAAAUUAGCUAUUAUUGGGGAAAAUAUUCUUAAAAAAGCUAUGAAACAUAAAUUUGAUUACAAAGGAACUAUUCCAUCAGUUUAUGUUGAGUCUGCUCAUAAGACAAAUAAUUAUUGUAAUUUUCCAUUAAUUUUCAUUAGAGUAAAUGAUUAUAUAAUAAAAUCAAUUGAUGACAGCACUAAAUGCAUGACAAUUAAGUUAAAAACAAAAUCAAAACCAAUUAAUAUCGUAAAAAUAAAUGAAGAUUCUUGGGAUGAGAUAACAGUGGAAAACUGUGGUCAAAUAAGUAUUUGCUAUAAAUGGAUAAAAGAAGAACAUACAACUACAAAAUAUGAUGGCAUUUUAAAAGAAAAACCAAAAGAAUGUUUUUUUUUUGAUACCAGGACCAAUAUUUUGGGUCCUGGUCAAAUUAAACGUUUAACAGUUUUAUUCAGACCUACACAAACUGGGCCUUACAGAGAAAUGUGGUUUUUACAAUUAUACAUUCAGGGAAGAUUAGACUAUAUAGCUAGAAUUAAUGUACCUUUACAAGGAUGUGCUAUUUACUAUGAAGAUAAUCUAUCAUCUAUUCUAAAAAUUAAAAAAUAUCAUUACCAUGAUGAAAAGAUGGAAUAUCUUAACCAUGUAUUACAAACAGAAAAUACUAAGAGUAUUGAAGAACUUCUAUGCCAGUGUAUGCUAUUAAAAGAAUCGCUCAAAGAAAAAUACUUAGAUUUGAUUAGUCAAACAGCUGUUACAUUAUUAAAAAAUGAAAUUUUUUUUGAACGUAGUCUGAUAACUCAACAUGAAUUAAAUGCACAUAAAACUAUGUAUAUUACAAUGGAUUGUAUUGAUUUGAUAAUGAGUACUUACGAACCUGAUCAUUAUGAAGUCUGUCAAGAACUUUAUAAAAACUUUAGUGAAAAUAAACCCAAAUCGGAUGAUGAAAUAUCCGCGGUUGAUAUUACUAUGGAACAAAAAACUGAAUAUGCAACAAUGAGCGAAGAAUGGCUUGAAAUGAUAAAACCCAUGAUUAAGAAAAGAUUAGAAUGGGCUGUAGAAAGAAUAUCAGACUAUGAUUUCCUUUGGCCAGAGUGUCAACAUGAAAACCUUAAUCCGACUGUAAAGGACGAACAUACAAGAAGAAUAGAACCUUAUGAGCAAAAAGAGUGUAAUCUUUCACUUGUUAGACAAUUUUUUAUAAACAAAUAUUUAUAA